UUUGUACAAAUCAGCCCUCAUUCAGAAAUGGAGACUUUUCUAAAGAUCGACAGGUAAACAUCAGACUGUCCUCCACCGCUAUACUGCCAGUGUGAAGAAGUAAUCUUCCAUUUUCCCCAACACUGACAGCAAGUUAACAACAACUGUCCGCUCCUGCCACUUCUCCUCCAAACCUGCUUCUCUGCACACCUCACUGCUGUAAGUCUUCAGUAUGUAUCAGAUCGUCCCGGUAGCUCCUAGUGAGCAGCAGACAGCCAGGGGAGCUGGUGGUUCUCCACUGAAGAAGAAACUGGCUCAUGAAGGUCGGCCCCUGGUGAUUGCAGGCAUGUUAGGCUGUGUGUUGGUGCUGGCUGCUGUGGUCGCCUGGUGCUACUACUCAGCUUCCCUCCGUAAAGCCCAGCUGCUGAAAGCUGAGCUGUUGGACCUCAACAAGGAUGGUUUUAUCAUUCAUAACAUGACGGGGGCUGUAGUCUUCAGUAUGACCUUCAGGUCUGGCACUCUGGAUCUGGACUCCUGCUCAAAGGAGGGAAAUAUUCUGAGCUGUACUCGGUCAAAUUCUGGCAAACUCAACUUCUUUAUCCAGACGGUUCGACCAAAGGACACGGUGAUAUGUUACCGUGUGCGCUGGGAGGAGCUGCAAAAUGAGCGCCCGGUGGAGCACGCCAUGGCCUAUAAUGACUCUCAUUGGUACGGAGGGGCGGAGACGGCAACACAGUACUGGCCUAUCAGGAUACAGGGUGAGGAGGAACCGCAGCCUUUCAUCACCAGUGAUGUCUACUCAAAUCGGAACGCUUUUGGAGGAAUCUUGGAACGCUAUUGGCUCUCUUCGAAUGCCACUGCCAUCAAAAUUAAUGACUCGGUGCCUUUUCAUUUGGGCUGGUCAGAGAAGCACAGGACUCUCAGGUUCCAGGCCCGAUACCAGGACUCUCCCUUCAAACCAGAAGAGGGUCAGCAGGCCUUACCUGAACUCAGCUAUAGAGUGUGUGUGGGGUUGGAUGUUACCUCCAUCCACAAAUACAUGGUGCGUCGGUAUUUCCCAAAGCCUAUCAAGGUCCCGUCUCCUGAAGUGUUCAAAAAGCCGCUGUGGUCCACAUGGGCUCUCCACAAGACAGCUGUAACUCAGGAGAAGCUGCUGCGUUACGCCUCUGACAUCACCAAGCAUGGCUUCACAUGCUCCCAUCUGGAGCUGGACGACCGCUACACUGCCGACUAUGGAGAGUUUGACUUUGACCCGCAGAAGUUCCCCAAUGCUAGCGGUAUGUUUGACAAACUCGGAGAGGACGGGUUUCAAGUGUCACUCUGGACACAUCCUUUUAUCAACUAUGACUCCAUUAAUUUUGGCGUUGCUGUGGAGAAAGAACUGCUUGUUCGGGAGCCGAGCGGUGAGCUGCCUGCUCUGGUUCGCUGGUGGAACGGCAUCGGAGGAAUCUUGGACUUCACCAACCCAGAAGCCCGCGAGUGGUAUUCCUCACAUCUGCAUAUGAUCAAAACUCGCUAUGGCGUCACGUCCUUCAAGUUCGAUGCAGGAGAGUCGAGCUACCUCCCACGGCAGUUUAGCACCCUGGUGCCACUGUCUGACCCGUCCACCUUCACCCGCCGCUACACAGAGAUGGCCAUCCCAUUCAGUGAGCGUGCAGAGCUGAGGGUGGGUUACCAGAGUCAGGACAUCUCCUGCUUCUUCAGGAUCAUUGACAGAGACUCCGUGUGGGGUUAUGAGCUCGGCCUCAAGUCCAUUAUCCCGACUGUUCUGACUAUUAGUAUUCUGGGUUACCAGUUUGUCUUACCUGAUAUGAUAGGAGGGAAUGCCUACCCCAACCGCACCGCAGGUAGCUCAGAUGGCAAAAAUGUUCUGCCGGACAGAGAGCUAUACAUCCGAUGGUUGGAGCUGUCUGCUUUCAUGCCUGCCAUGCAGUUCUCUAUACCACCGUGGGCCUAUGACAAUGAGGUGAUACAGAUAGCGCAGAAGUUCACAGAGCUCCAUGAGACUCUGGUGGCCCCAAGGGUUCUCGAGCUGGCAGGCGAGGUUCUUGAUACAGGAGACCCAAUCAUCAGGCCCCUCUGGUGGAUCGCCAUCAACGACGAGGCAGCCUACAAGAUCGACUCCCAGUUCCUGAUCGGGGAUGACCUAAUGGUGGCUCCGGUGUUAGAGCCAGGAAAGCAGGAGAGGGACAUCUACCUGCCUGCAGGACGAUGGAGAAGCUACAAGGGGGAACAUUUUGAUAAAUGCCCCAUGUACCUUACUGACUACCCUGUGGACCUGGACGAGAUAGCUUUCUUCACAUGGGUUCACUGAAGACAUUCAAGACUAAUAAACUUGCACACACAUACUGUAUGCACAUGUACAUUCUUGUGAGCAGCACACAUGCCAAGAAGUAGCAGAAGAGUUUGUUGUUUAAAGGGAAAUGACCACCAGGGGAUCUGCUGCCACAUCAGUGUGAUUCUUGGUAAAGAUGAACCUCAUGUCUCCUCUGCCCUGCUCUUUGUUCGGACGUCUGCCUGCAGAUUAUAACCGUCCACUCAAAGAAUCAGAAUGAAACUUGUGUUCACUCCUGAUUCUCUUGCUCCAUCCUUAAGCUGAUCCUCAUCCUCAUGUGCCUUCCACAGCCAAUAGUAAAACCGAUCUCAGAUUGUAUUGUCACCUAGUCUUCCACCAUAGCUUGAAUGAUUUAAUAAUAGUUGUGUGUUUAUUAAGACUGGACUCCGAGUUGGUAACUUCACGCGUUUCAUCUGGGGUACUUGUCAAGAUCACGACUGCAAAAAUAUUUUUAUGUCAAAACUGCAGUGACCUGUUGUGCCAUUCUGUCAUUUCAGUGCCAGCUGCUUUAUGCUUCUUUUUUUUCUUUCUUUUCUCACUUGGAGAAGUUCCCAGCUCAGGGUAGAUUUAAAAGAAAUGUAUUUGUUAUGUUAGAAUUAAUUUAGUUGAUCGACAGCAAGAAAUAGAUUUAGGACACUCAUGCUACUGGUUUGCCUUGGAAAACAGGGAAUGUUCUCAAAGAUGCCAUAUUAUUACGUGCCGUCCAUGUCUGCCUUGUGACUUUAUUUGCCUUAUCAGCUGAACUAAGCUAUGCCAUCUUUAGCACAGAGAACCAGUAGAACGAGGAAACACUCACCUCUGCACACAAUGAUAUAUGGUUGAUGAUUUGUACCUUUACAUUUUUAAGCUCUGACAUCGCAAAGUACGUGAGGAUCUGCCAUCUGAAUACAUGCUUGUCUGCUCUUACACAGUGAUUUCUGGCAUGAAAGUAAAGCACACUACUGGUUAAGUUAUAUAAAUGCCUUGCUUGAAAAUAAUUAUUCUAUAUAAGCUAGAGUCAAAACUGUUUUUUAAAAAUGUUUAUGUCACUAUGUGUAGAGUUGUUAUGGGAUCAGUGAAUUAUUCUGAUGGUUUUUGUUUGUUGAAAAAUGAAACGAUUGCUGACAAUUGGAA